AUGAUAAGGAAACAAUCUCAAAUUAAUCGAUGGUCAACAUCAUCUGUAGAAAAACUACCUAAGGAUAAUUCAAAUAUAAAUGUGAAUCAAAUCAAAGAAAUUUUCUCGAAAUUUCAACAUCAUUUAAAACAAAAUUCGAACAAUGAAACAUUUCCUCAGACUACACAAUUAAGUGUAGAAAUUGAUGAUGAUACAAAAUCUGAAAGUUCAGUUGAAUAUGAUUAUAUUAAUCCAUUAUUAAUAUCUUCUUCAACAAACAAUAUGCAACAUCAACAUGUAUCAAUCGCAACUAUUUAUUUGCAAGAUGAACAAUGGCAUCAACUUGAAUUAUUUAUUAAACAUUUUUCUUUAAAAGCUUCACUUUCAAAUAAUUUGAAUGUCAAUUCAUCAACAACACAUUUACUUGUUGAUGAUUCUUCUCAUUCACUUCAAUGUACUUUUUCUAAAAAAAUUUUCCAAGCUGUUGCUCGACAUAUAUUCAUUGUUUCCGUACGAUGGAUUGAGGAAUGUUUAUUACGAAAUGAAUUUAUCGAUGAAACUCCAUUUGAAAUUCACGGUGAUGCAACAAUGUCAACAAUGCAUUUAGCUCGUCAUACUUCUAUUAUUCCAUUAUUUUCAUCAUUCGUAUCAUUUAUAAUUGAUUGUAAUUCAUUUCAACGAGUAUUAACACGUAAUGACUUAAUUGAAUUAGUUAUAUUAAGUGGUGCUCAUUUAUUCAACCCAGAAGAACAAAUCUCAACAGAAAUUCAAUCAGAAGUUCUUCUUGUACUUGCUGAUCCUACAGCUGAUCGUCAUCGAUUAGAAAAUAAAUAUAAACAAUGGUAUAAAAAUGUAAAAAUUCUUACACCAGGAUUUUUACUUAAAUCUAUUAUUUAUCAAGAACAACAACCAUUUGAAGAUUUUGAACUUUAG